GUUCAGAUGACUCUCAUCAAACAGCAGCAUGAAAUGUUUGUGUGGAAAACAAUCAUUUGGAAAGACAAACUUAAUCAGAAAAAACAAGAAAUGAGAGAUUUAAUGGCCAGGUUUGGCAGGUUGUCCACAGAAAUGAGAAAGCACAUCCCUGAAGGACAGAAGCGAAAGCCACGGAAAGGUUGGAGUGACACAAUUCUUCACUAUAAAGUAUCUGUCAUUGAUAAAUGUAAGUUUGUGACCAAGUGUAAUCUUCCAACUGAUGAAUGUGUGGAGCUGGCAGGCCGUUACACUGAACCAGUGAUCAUUCAGAGGAGCAAAGAGCAGAAUGAGAAAUACUAUCGUGAGCAUGUGAGGUCUGCACAUGCUUCUGGAUUAAAUACAUCAUCUCAUCUGUUAUCAAAUGACAAGAAUCGCAGCAUCAGAAUAGAUCAGCUGUUCAGUCCUGACUGUGAUGGAAACACACCAAAAACUGUGAUUCUCAGUGGAGAUUCUGGAAGAGGGAAAUCAUUCACACUACAGAAGAUCAUGUUGGACUGGGGAUUUGGAAAACUUUACUACAAAAACUUUAAUGUAAUUUUCCUAUUAAAGUGUGAAGAGCUGAAGUGUAUUUCAGAGGAGAUGAGCUUGUUUGAGCUUUUGAGCUGGAGUUGCAGUUUGACAUUAGAUCAGAUCUUACAGAUACUGGAGUUAACAACACCAGAGAAAGUCCUCUUCCUCAUUGAUGGAAUUGAUGAGUAUGUAUCUCAUCCACCCAGUCAUUCGAUGUUAGUACUCACAAAUCCUUCCGAUAGAGCCAGACCUAUGGAAAUUCUUAGGAGCGUGUUAAAGGGAAACUUGCUGCCUGACUCAUUCAUGUUUGUCACCACAAGAUCUCUAGCUGCUGAUACAGUGAUGAAUCUCCUCAAGGGUCCUCAGCGUUUCACUGAGAUUGUGGGCUUCUCUGAGACAGGGGUGCAGGAGUACUUCCAGAAGUUCUUUCAGGAUGAGCAGCUCUUCAGGAAAACAUAUGAGAGAGUGAAGAUAAGUCAAAGCCUCCUGACUGCCUGCUCUGUGCCUUUGCUGUGUUGGAUGGUCUGUUUUUGUCUGAAGAAACACUUUACAGAUGAUGAUCAUGUGAUGAGAGAACUAAAGACAACCACCUCCAUCCACCUCGUGCACUUUGUGUCCACUCUACUGGAGCAUCAUGACAAGAGUCAGUCUGUCCUCACCAUGCUGAGGAGUCUGGGUCAGCGGGCAGAGGAAGGGGUGAAGAAGCGAGAGAAGUUUUUUGUAGAGAAGAGUGUGACUGCGACUGGCUUAGAUCCUGCUACUAAUGUGUUCUUGUAUAAAGAUAGUUUGAAAAGAAAUAACAGACAGGUGCCAGUGUUCAAGUUUAUGCAUUUCAGCUUUCAGGAGUUUUUCACUGCUCUUUAUUAUGUUUUACUGGAUAAAGAAGAGUCCUGGGGGAAAAUCACAGAUUUGUUGACCUCCCUGAAAAUGAAGGGUAUAAUCAAUAGGCCUUCUCCAGAAAGAAGAUCAAAUCCCAUCCCUUCAGUCGUGAUAUUUCUCUUUGGUCUCUUAAAUGAGGAGGCGAGCAGCUCACUCUUUGAAAUGAUCAAGUGGACUGUUCCUCAAAUCAUAAAUCUAAAGACAAACCUGCAGGAAAGUCUUCUUACAGUGAGAAGACAGCAUGGAUGUGAACUGUUCGCUCUGCGCUGUCUGUAUGAGCUCCAGGAUGAGAAACUUGUGAGGAGAGCUUUAGGAGACUGGGUAUCCAUGAAUCUGUAUAACAUUUCCCUGAAGAGCACAGACUGUUGGGUGCUGCUGUACUGUCUUCAGUGCUGUCCACACGUCAGAUACUUGAACCUCAUGUACUGUGAUUUAACAGCUGAGAAACUCAAGAUUCUUCAGCCAGCACUCUGUAUGUGUGAGACUAUGAAGUUGUCAGUAAAGCACCUGUCAGAAGUUGGAGAUUUGAUCCAGAUUCUUGGUAAAUCUAAGUUCUUGAAAAAAAUGAGGGUUCAGGAAAGUGAGAACAGUGCUGAAAGUCCCAGAUGGUCACUUGACCUGUCAGUCACUCAUGGAGAUGUUCUGUUGUCUUUGAGCUCCUCAGAGAAGAAUCCAUCAUUUCCAGCAGUCUUAAACAUCACACUUACAUGUCCACAAUCAGAGAUAUCCAGCACUGACUGGUCACUCUUCUUACAGAGACUCAGUAAGACAGCAAAAGUAGUGGAAGACUCUUCAGCUCUUGAUGAGCAUAUCAGUUUGCUGCUGUCUUCAUUUCACUCUGUGGGUUUGAAGACAUUGAAUCUGAAGCUGGUCAGUCUGAAUAAGAGCUGGGCUUCUGGGAUUAUUUUCCUCGCCCAGACCUGCAACAGUCUACAGCAGCUCAGUGUCAGUGUCACUGGAUUGCUUUUGGAGGAAGGACUCAUGUUUCUGAAGAAAUCACUGACAGAGCCACACUGCACUGUGAUCAUUGAAGGGAGGAAGUGCAGUAAACUCACUGACCAGUGCAAAGAACAGGACUGGAGUCACAUCUGUAAUGAGAAAGUGGAGAUUCACUUCAAAACCAAAGGUUUUGAAAAAGCUGGAAGAGUGAGCAUCUCUGAGUCUGAACCAUCUGGACUGAAUCUUCAGCCGCUCUUAGUGUGUCAGUCUUGUGUUCACAUUGGUGAUUCUGAUCAGUGGGUUCAGGUGGAGCCGUCAGUCUGUAAAGAUGAAGGAGGGUCAGAGUUCAGGAUCAGCACUCCGGCGGGUCGAUUCGAGUGCAGCAGGACCAGAAUGCGAUGGGUCUGUGCUGGUGAUGUCACUCUCCAGUACCGUGCAGUGGAUGGAUGUUUCCUCAGUGAAGAGCUGGAGAGGCUUCAGUGUGAGCGAAUUGGUCCUGUGAUUGAUGUGACAGUGACCUCAGGGAAACUGGAGGAGGCUCAUCUGCCUCAUUAUGCCUGUUUAGCAGAGUCAGACCCCUCUCUCACACGAAGUGUAAAGGUCCUUAGUGUUGAAGAUGAGGGAAUAUCCUUGGAAUCAGUAGAGUUGACUCGUUUUCAUGCUAAACUACUCCAACCAUCUUUUUCUCCUAAAACAGUGCUUAUGAAACUAGGGAUAUCAGUGAAAGUGCACUGUGAUCUACUGAUCUUCAUGACUCAAAAGAACCCCAUCAUUCUCCAUGUGUAUUUUUUCCCAUCAGAUUCAUUUUUUAAAGAAAAAAUUUAAACUGAGGAAAAACAGAGUCAUCCAAUCAAGUGUUCAAGACCUGAAACUCCACUGCGGAUGAUGAAACAACACAGUCUUGAGGUUCCUGGUGCUUCUGUCCAACCCGAAGCAAUCAAAUUAAGAGGUGACAUCGAGCCAAACUUCUUUCAGGUCAAACAUCCUGUGGUCAAUGACAUCAAAAUGUCUCUAAGUCGAGUGGAUGAUCAGAAAUCAUUUUGGACUGCAACAGUUUGGAAAGAAUUAAUCAACAUGCAUCCAAACAGGGCCGAGACUUUGUUUCAAACUGGACAAAACCAAAAUACACCACAAUCGGCUGGUAACUUUGAUAAAGUUCAAUUUUUUUGAUAGAAAUUGUGUGUGCUCUUAUUAAAAGUGUUUGAGAAUGUGAAUAACAUUGCCGACAACUUGCUGCAGAAGAAAAUCAUUCAUGAAGAAUUAUAUUCUGAAAUCACAAAUCCAACUUCAACCAGUGAAGCCAGCAUGAGGAAGAUCUGCAGCAUAGUGCGUAAAGGUAGUGACACUGUGAAAGAAAUGUUCAUCUCCAUUCUUCUGGAAGAAGAUCCCAACCUUUUAAAUCAUCUGCCUUUACCUGACUCUUAAACUUUUUUGCUGGAUGAUUCUACAUUUUUUUUUUACAUGGAUUAGGAAAUGACAUGUAAACUACAGGCGACCAUUGCCCUGGAGAGCUCACCCUACCAUACUGCAGCUUUUGGAGAACAGUAUUUUAACAAAUCAUAUUCACUGUUAAAGAACAUUCAAAUGCUCUGCUUGCCUUUAAAAAUGAAAGGGGGAGGGGGACUGUUACAAUAUAAUUUCCUGUCUGAUAAGAACACUGAAUAAUGUGAAUCCAAAUUAUUUCUGUGCAGGUUUAUUUCUAUAGAGUUGUGUUGUAAUGCUUGACGGUUCGUGAUAUAUCCUGGGAAGAACUCCGCAUUUGCCAUUGCAACUUACCUAUGAUGAAUUUACGGCUGAGGGGGAAUAUUUCACUCAUGUUGGUUGCGUCAAUGUCACAUUUACAUAGGCCGUAUUAUUUGAAUUUG